CGAGCUAGACUGCGGAGGGCGAGAGACAGCGAGUGGGAUCGACCCUUUGUGCGGCGCUGGGUGUCGGAGGAGCUUGGUCCUGGGACAAGCGCAGACGGGAGCCAGCCGACCGUCAUCGCUGGCCAGAGCUCGCACCACAUCUGGGACGUGGGCGAAAUUUGCGAAGUUGCUGGAAAGUCUGCGAAAUUGCUGGAAAGUUUGUGAAGUUGCUGGAAAGUUUGCGAAAGUAGUGUAAGGUUGUUGGAAAGUUCGCGGAGUUGUGGAAACUCUGUGCGCGGGUGCGCGCCGCGCUCCCGGGACGAUCAUGUGUGUGCGGAGGCUGCUGCUGCUGUUGACCGCUUUGGACCUGGUGGCCGUGAGCCGACCGCUCUCCACCUGCUCCACGGUGGACACUGAACACGUGAAGAAGAAGCGUGUGGAGGCCAUCCGCGGGCAGAUCCUGAGCAAGCUGCGGUUCACCAGCCCCCCCGAGGAGCCGGGGCCCGCCGAGGUGCCGCCACAGGUCCUGGCCAUGUAUAACAGCACCCGGGAGCUGCUGCAAGAGCUGGGCAGGGACCGCGAACAGAGCUGUUUGACUCAUAACACCGAUUUCGAGUACUACGCCAAGGAGGUGUACAAGUUUGACAUGAUUCCCGGCCCAACCGUCGACAAUGAUGUCAGUUCGUGUCGUGGCAUUACUUCCAAAGUUUUCCGUUUCAAUGUGUCUUCCAUGGAGAAGAAUGUUUCCAAUCUCUUCCGGGCAGAAUUCCGUGCGCUGCGUGUGCCAAACAUCAGUGCCAAACGGAGCGAGCAGAGGAUUGAAGUCUAUCAGAUCCUCAAGCCAGACGACCACAUCACCAAGCAGCGGUACAUCGCAGGGAAGGUGGUCCUUACCAAGGGCUUUAGCGAAUGGGUCUCCUUUGAUGUCACCGAGAGCGUGAAGGAAUGGCUUAUCAACAGAGACACGAAUCUUGGUCUGGAAAUUAGCGUUCAUUGUCCUUGCCAUACAUUCCAUGCCAAUGGUGUCAUCUCUGCAGAAGGGGAAGUUCUGGAUGUGAAAUUUAAGGGAAUCGAUGACUACGAAUACACAGAGCGGGGGGACCAGGGCCGUCUCCAGAAACGCAAGGAACAGAAGCUACUGAGCCGGGGUCCCACCAACCCCCACCUCAUUCUCAUGGUGCUACCUCCCCACCGGCUGGACAAUCAGCAGCAGCGACAGAGGAAAAAACGAGCACUGGACACAACGUACUGCUUCAGGCAUUAUGAGGAUAACUGCUGCGUGCGCUCCCUGUACAUCGACUUUCGACAGGAUCUUGGCUGGAAGUGGAUCCACGAGCCCAAGGGGUACUAUGCAAACUUCUGCGCUGGGCCAUGCCCCUACCUGCGUAGCACCGAUACGCAACACAGCACGGUGCUGGGACUGUACAACACGCUGAAUCCAGAGGCCUCAGCAUCACCUUGCUGUGCCCCCCAGGAUCUGGAGCCCCUCACCAUCCUGUACUAUGUGGGGCGAACCCCCAAGGUGGAACAGCUAUCUAAUAUGAUCGUCAAGUCCUGUAAAUGUAGCUGAGGUUCCCCAGAUUGCCCGUGUUUGUAUGCAUGCGUGUGGGGUCUGUAUGUACAUAUGUGAGGUCUGUGUGUUGGAGUGCACAUAUCUGUAUAGGAGGUAUAUGUUGGAGUACAUGUGCAUGGGUGCUGUUGGAGUACACGUGUGUGGGUGGCUGCGUGCUGGCGUGCAUUUGUGGGUUCAUGUUGGGGUACAUGUAUGUAUGGGUGUGUCUUAAGAGUAUAUGUGUGGGUGUGUGUUGGAGUACAUGUGUCCAAGUAUGUGAGAGGGACAGGCUUCAAGACCCAAGCGGCAGACACCAGGAGGCUAACGAAGGGCCUGGUGCGUUUGCUCAUUGCUGCCUGAUGGAAGAAGCUGGCAAGACAGGAGUCACAAAGAUUCACAAGUCCAAACUCUGCACCAGAAGUAAAGGAUCGGUGAAGUUGUGAUGUAGCGAGUGUGGUGGCGACAAGACAUGGGAGAUGAUGCUGAAUAUCUCUGCACUGUAGCCAGAGGAAGGCAGAGAGCGACAUCAGGUUUUAACAUGAGUAACAUUGACCAGUGGGCCAUUGGCUCCUCAAACGGCCCCAUGUACCAGACAUACAGAGAACAGGGGUUCAAAGGACUGCAGCUGACCCCCUGCUCCAGCCUCAAGAACUCUUUGUAUGUGAGCAGACCAGAGUGAGGAGCUUCCGGCCGGAGAAUGUGCAGCGAUGCAUGAAAUAUGUCCUAUAGGACGAGCGUGAUCCUGGCCUUUACUGAGCACCAAUGUUGGCUGGUGGCUGCCAAGUAAGAGCUCCACCCCCAACCCCCCAAUCAUCCCGCUGUGUGUUGUUCACAGACUGUGACAUGUGAAGCCGAAGAGGAGUGUCUAGCAUGGCAGAAUUCCCACAGCAGACGCUCCGGUCAAAACCUGAAUGAUAUACUGACCCAGAGAGAUGCCCUCGCCCGUCAGUGUCACCCAGAGAAACCCCCUGUCACCCCCACCCAGACAGUUACAUUUACUAUUGGUCAAUUUCUCAGUGAGGGUCUCCACGGGUCAGUCUUGGUGAUAUUCUCUGUGGGUCAUUAACUCGGUGAUGGUCACCAUCAGUCUUUCGGUGACAGUCAGUGUGGCUCAGUCUCACAGUGACAGUCUCCGUUGGCUGGUCUCUUGGUGACAGUCAGUGGGGCAUUCAUUGUGUGUGCUGUCUGCGUUGCCCCUCUGCAGAGGUGUCUGGGUGGGAUGAGCUCCCCAGUGACCUGUAGGGAGGUGUGGACACACAGGGAGACUGCUUCUCUCCGAUUUACAUUGACAUUUGCACUGCGGUAUGUUUUCAUUAUAUUUAAUUUAUAAUUCCCAUUUUUUAAUUUAUUGACUGAUCUAUGGAGAUGUCUCUGCAUACCCUGAGCCCCUUCCUCCUGUCUUCCCCACAGCCAGUCCCUCUGGGAUCCCCUUCCCAACCCCCACCACGCAUCCUUGCUUCCUACCUCAGCUCCAGAGCCAGCGUCUUUGCGGUUGUCUCGCUGUGGACUCCGCGGCACACUGCAACUUGGGAGGAACAGUUCCCUCCAUCCUCUACUGGCCAUGGUGUUGUGCCAGGGUCUGAGCCAGCAAGGCGUAACAAGAGUUGCCAUGAGUCUCACAGAGGAAGUAAGCAGGAUGGGGGCCAAACCUUUGUCAAGGAUCCACUGUUUGAGUAGGAAGGCUUUGAAGGAAAUCCAACCUUGCUUUUCUCUUGGCAUAUCAUAGUAGGCUUUGAUCAGGGGUCUAUACCUCCCAGAGUGCGAGGCUGGCUUCUGUUCAGAGUGGGUUAUGUCUCGGUAUCUGUGAUACCCAUUGCUGGGGCAGGGAUUCCAUUGUUUGCUAACCUGGUGCACACAGACCCAGACCAGACUAGACAGCAGGAGUGCUGGUAUGCUUCCUGAUCUGUGUAAAAAUCCUCUUGGACAGGAGGCGAGUUUGGAAAGGUCCUGAAAUCCAGCAGAUGCCCCAGUUGGGACAGAGUAUGAUUUCCAAUAGAAAAAACUGAGGGAACCAGGCCUCUAGUAACUUCCAUUGUGCCACCCCCCCAACCCGACGCCUGCUCAUUAGGAACACAUUUGGUGUGUUCUCAGAAGAUAGACAGCGAAGCAGGCAGUUAGUGGACGCAAGCUCUCAGAACUGCCAAUAGGACAAGUGCGUGGGGAGGUUGAUGAGGAAUAAUUCCUAGUCAGUACGGCCAUUCAUCCUCUCUCCUCUCUCACAGUGGGAGUGUGGGACCUUCCACUAAUGUACAAAGGGACCAGUGAGGGCUUGGUUCCCUAAUGUCACCAUCUCCAAUAAUCCACUUCGAUACAUGAAUUAAUGUUUCACAAGCCAUGAAGGAAACCCAUCUGAGGGACGGCUUUGAAAGUUAGUAACCAGACCGAGUGAAAUACUCAACUAUCUCCUUACAUAUAAAAGUAGAUGAAAACUACACUGCGGCUUGAUAGGUUGUCCAUACUAGGACAUGGUUUUUCAUACAGUGGAAGGUGUCGCAUCACACUGUUAGAACACAACAGUGUGUCUCACAUCAACAAAUCAGUUGGAAGUGGAAUCACUAUUGUUCACUGAGCAAUUGGAUUUGUUUUGGUUGAAGGGAAGGAGCUUUAACUUUGAAGAUUCUGAAGGAUUCUCCAACUUAUGAGGGAAUUCAUCACCUUGGCUGUGGCUGCCGUUUCCAGGUUGGAUACUAGAAUGGGGUCAGGUCCCGGGUUGGGGCAGAGGGCUACUAACCCAGCUAGAACAGGAGAGAAAUGCAUCCAAUGGUAGAAGUGAAAACAUUAGGAGGGGUUAAAGUCGGGGAUUUUAUUGGCAAAUAAACAGCCCAUAAAUUCACAGUACAUGGAUCAUAGGAAAUUGGCUGUUCGAGAACAAAUGGUUCUUGAGAACAGAGAUGAAGAGGAAUUUCUUUAGCCAGAGGGUGGAGAAUCUGUGGAAGUUAUUGGGUAUAUUGGUACAUUUAUGAUUAGAAACAUUGUCAGAGGAUCUCAGGGGUGAAGGCUAGAAAAUGGGGCUGAGACGGAAAAUAUAUCAGCCAUGAUGGAAUGGCAGAGCAGACUCUAGGCUGAAUAGCCUAAUUCUGUUUCUAUAUCUUAUGGUCUUGAUUCAGUAACUGGUGACGGGCAUCUUUCACCUUUGUGCCCUUGACAAAGUCUUUCUGAGCCCUUGCGGUGCUCCUGCUAUGCUGCUGGAGGAAGCUCCAGAAUGAUGCAGGAUGGUGUGAGCCUCAGGGGGGGUCUCCAGUACCUGCUGGUGUUUCCUCCUCAUUGACUGGCUUGUUGAUGGUGAGGCUUUGGGAGGGAGAAUGGGAGUGUGGUGCAGCUCUGUGAAUGAGUAACUGUAUUCUGUAAACAUGUCUGUACAGUGGUAAUAAAUCUGCAGGGUUUACUCGUACUGACAACAGGUAGACCAGGACUCCAGUGCCACCCCUACUUGUGACGGCAACGGGAAGUCCCGCAUGGCCAUCUCAAGCCGGUCACACAGGGGCAACAGUUCUGUGGAAAGUUGCACAUCCCACCUGCUAAUUUAUUUUGUAGUACGUUUUCCCAUUAAUGAAUAAACCUUUUUUUAAAGAAAAGCGAAUAAGGUUGUUGAAUGCAA